AUGGGCGUAGCCGACCGCGCCCACGCGAAAUUAAAGCGGCAACACAAUUAUCGCGACGCAUUAGCAUCUAGGCGGCCUCAGAACCGUGAGCCGAAGACGGAGGCGGCCGCCGCGGCGCGAACUGAUUUAUGCACCUUGUCGGGCGGCGACGCAACAACACGAUUAAUUGUCGACGGCGCCCGCUCGUGUGACGUCACAAUGCAUCGCUCGAUUGAUUGCGCCGCUCACGCAACGUGUUAUGGUAAAACGCGGGCCCCGUUAGAGCCUGUCCACACGACGCGCUGCGUCGACGAAGCGCUGUCGCAGCGUCGUUUCACAUACCACGUACACACAGCUGACUGUAGCCACCGAGACGAGAAGAGCCGUUCCCGGGCGAAGGCCGCUCCGUUCCCGGCGGAGUUAGGACGCGGCGCCCGGACAUUGCCCGUCUCCCCACUCGUCUCUAACUUCGCUCUAAGGCAGCGACCAUCGCUGUACAACAAGCCACUUCGGAUACACGCCGGCCGGCACCGAGCAAUGAGUCGUAUAUCACUCGCAGCCCAUUCGGCAGCGAUAGCGAUAAAGCGACGCCGCGAAUCCAAGGCGGCGAUACCGCGCCUCUAUCUGGCGAUGCUUUAUGCUGGCGCCGGUGCAAGCGCACUUGCUAUCACGAAUUUCCACCACCGCUACCACUAUGAUGGAUGGGGCACUCGAGAGGCAAUUUGCCACGCGUUCCUCGCCCAGCCCGUUAACGCCGCGCCGCACGGACGGACAGACGCGGUGCCUAGGCCCGGAGGCCGGUGCGAUAAUGGCGCUCGCAUAGCGCGCUGCCCCGGGGGGAAAAAGUCGGCGACUCCGCGGGGGCUGGCCGCCGCCCGGACAGGUUGGACCGGCGCGGCAAAAAGCGGGGUGGUCACCGGAGGCGGCGGGUCGGCGCCCCCGGCCGGCCUUCGCCCCCGAUCGGCCUUCGCCCCCUCUCCCGCCCGCCGCGCAGCAAGGACGCCGCGCCGCCGCGUUGCA